AUGGCGGAGCUUUCUACAUCGCUCCAGCAGUUCGCUUGGGUGCUCUUGUGGUUUUCUUUACUCUACACGGCGUAUGGUAUUUAUCUUGUCGUUUAUCGUCUUUGCUUCCAUCCCCUUCGCCACUUUCCUGGCCCCAAGCUCGCGGCGGCUACGUACUAUUAUGAGGUAUACUACGAUUGGUUCAACGGCCCAUACAAAGGACGUAAUGCCUGGCACCUCAUCGAACUACAUCAAAAGUACGGACCUAUUAUCCGACGGAGUCCGGAUGAACUCUCUGUAGAGGAUCCCGACUGGUUUGAUGUGCUAUUCGUCGCUGGUCGCCGUGACAAAUGGAGUCGACAAGGCAAGGACUCUAAUGGUUCGGUCCAGUCAACUUUAUCACGAACCCUUCACAAGAAACGGCGAGGCGCCUUGACCCGAUUCUUUUCAAAGCGUUCAAUCCUUAACCUUGAGCCUUCUAUCCAGGCGAAGGUCGAGAAAUUAUCAGCUGGCGUAGAGAAGAACUUCCUCAACACCGGUGCAAUCCUGAACGCUAGUGUCGCGUUUGUCGCUCUCACAUUAGACACGAUUACAGAUUACUGCUUUGAUCAAAGUUUCGGCUGCUUAGACAAGUCAGACUUUGCUCCGGAGUGGAGAAAAACGUUCUGGGAUAUGUUUGAAAAUAUCCCGCUCCUGAAAAAUUGGACAUUCUUUGCCAAUUUGCUCUUUUUAGUUCCGCCUGUGAUUGUUCGGAUGACAAACCCUUCCCUAACGCAAUUUUUCAUUCUUGAGAAAGCCAAUCGACAAAAAGUCGCAGAGAUUUGCAAAGAGUGGAAUGAGGAUCAGAUUAAGAAAGCUAAGCUAUCUGAAGCUGGACUGGAUGCGCCGCGGAAAAACGCUCUGUUUAAGAAAAAGAAGAGAACCAUUUUUUAUGAUAUCAUGGACAGCGCAGUUCUUCCUCCAGAAGAAAAGACCCCCCAGCGAAUGGCUGAGGAAGCAUUUGGCAUGAUAGUUGCUGGGGGGGACACAACUGGAAGAGCGAUGGCUAAUCUACUAUACCAUCUCCACGCCAAUCCCGAAUGGCUAAAUCGUGUUCGCCAGGAACUGGAUUCAGUCAUGAUAUUUCCCAGCUCCCCAAUCACACUUUCUGAACUGGAAAUACUUCCAGUGUUCUCCUCAUGUAUCAAAGAAACUCUGAGAAUCAGUUACCUCGUAACGGAUAGCAUCAUGUUAAUCGAACCUGAAGCACCUCUUAUCUACAAGGAAUGGAUGAUACCGCCAGGGACUGCGGUUGGAAUGACCCUAUCUCACUUACAUAUGGAUGAAAGGAUCUUUCCUGAGCCAAACACAUUCAAUCCAUCUCGGUGGAGGAAUACCAAAGCCACUGGAGUGGAUCUGGAGAAAUAUUUUGCCCCUUUUUCGAAAGGGAAUCGAGCAUGCCUUGGUGUCAAGUAA